AUGACUUACACGUCUCGACCGACGAUGCUACCACCGGGGAGCUCAGGGGCCUCUCUUCGCCAACCGAGCAAUCACCAUGCCAUUUCUCAACAGCAGUCAUCUGCUUUAGCGAUACGAAUAGCGUCCAAAAAGGCAGAACUUGAAAACCUGAGACAUCUGCGCGAUUUGAGUGCUAUAUUAGCAACGCAGAUGCAAACUCUGGAGUCGAAAAUAGGGACGUUGAAUGAUGGCACAGAAGCGGUUGCGUGCGUUCUUGCGAAUUGGGACAAUGUCUUACGAGCCAUUAGUAUGGCGUCGUCAAAAGCCGUUGAUCUUAAAGAUUCAGCCGUUUCUUCUGAAGAUGUCGGUGACAAUCAAGCUGAGACUCCGCUACCGGCGACCCUUGUCCGAAUACCUGCGGAAUCACAAGAAAAGACAAGCGAAUGA